CGGGGCGCCUCCACCCGGCUGUUAGCAUGAUGUCUUACCUCAAACAACCCCCAUACGGCAUGAACGGGCUGGGCCUGGCCGGGCCAGCCAUGGACCUCCUGCAUCCUUCCGUGGGCUACCCGGCCACCCCCCGGAAGCAGCGGCGGGAACGCACUACCUUUACACGCUCACAGCUGGACGUGCUCGAGGCGCUGUUCGCCAAGACUCGCUACCCUGACAUCUUCAUGCGCGAGGAGGUGGCGCUCAAGAUCAACCUGCCGGAGUCCAGAGUUCAGGUCUGGUUCAAGAACCGCCGUGCCAAAUGCCGCCAGCAGCAGCAGAGCGGGAGUGGGACCAAGAGCCGCCCAGCCAAGAAGAAGUCGUCCCCGGUGCGGGAGAGCUCGGGCUCUGAAAGCAGCGGCCAGUUCACGCCGCCCGCUGUGUCCAGCUCCGCCUCGUCCUCCAGCUCAGGAUCCAGCGCCUCCGCCAACCCAGCGGCGGCAGCGGCGGCAGGCCUGGGCGGGAACCCGGCGGUGGCGGUCCCGUCGUCGUUGAGUACGCCGGCUGCCUCGUCCAUCUGGAGUCCGGCCUCCAUCUCGCCGGGCUCCGCGCCCGCGUCGGUGUCAGUGCCCGAGCCCUUGGCCGCGCCUAGCAACGCGUCGUGCAUGCAGCGCUCGGUAGCUGCAGGCGCCGCCUCGGCCGCAGCCUCUUACCCCAUGUCCUACGGGCAGGGCGGCAGCUACGGGCAGGGCUACCCCGCGCCCUCCUCUUCCUACUUUGGCGGCGUGGACUGCAGCUCGUAUCUCGCGCCCAUGCACUCGCACCACCACCCGCACCAGCUCAGCCCUAUGGCACCCUCCUCCAUGGCCGGCCACCAUCACCACCAUCCGCACGCGCACCACCCGUUGAGCCAGUCCUCAGGCCACCAUCACCACCACCACCACCACCACCACCAGGGCUACGGCGGCUCAGGGCUCGCCUUCAACUCUGGCGACUGCUUGGAUUACAAGGAGCCUGGCGCCGCCGCUGCUUCCUCGGCUUGGAAACUCAACUUCAAUUCGCCCGACUGUCUGGACUAUAAGGACCAAGCCUCAUGGCGGUUCCAGGUCUUGUGAGCCCAGGAGUGGGAGGAAGAGGAGAUGAAACGCAACUACCUGCGCCCUCCGUGGUCCCCGUCCUGUUGCUGCUGCUGCACCGCCCGCCUUUGCCUCGGCUUCUGCAGACCUGAAUUUUCAUGCCCCUAAAAGAUGCCCUUUGCCUGCACUGCUGCCCUCAUCUUUCUGCCACUUGUUUGGGGGAUGUGCAGACCCGCCCACCCCUCGGAUGAGGGGACAGGUGCUUUGGCUUGGCCCACAAGUUCUAUAUGGAGAGAGCUGCGUGCUCUCCUCCUCAUCCCUUAACGAACUCCUAAGUCACUGUCCUCCAGUGUUUCUGGGCAGUUAUUAUGCACUUGCAGCCUUCGGAGGCUCUUUGCUAGGACUCGCUGUUUGAACCGUACAGUUUUAUUUAUUCUUUCUGGACACUGGAGUCACUAACUGGCAUGUGUCUGCCCACUGGAGUGCACCCACACUCUACCCCAAAUCAAAACAGCCACUAAGUGUUUCUCGCUUGCAGACUACCGCCCCUCCAACAGCCCUCGGUCCUGCGCCCCGCCUGCAGGCCAGAGCUUCCCGGCGCUUUCUCCUCCCCAGCGGGAUGCGCGGGGGCCCGGCCCGGGGGGGGGGGGGGGCGCGUCCCCAGCCUCUCGCGCACAGCCCCGCCCUGCGUAGAACUGGCUCAAGCUUCCGCCUCGGCGGGAAUGCUGUACAUAGUCGGGUCCGUUCCAGGGACCAUUUAAACUUUUUAGUUGCUGUUGGUUGAACUGAGCAUAUCUCGUCUUAGCGCCCAGGAAAUAGAACUUUAAGAUAUAUACAGCAUAUAUAUACAUAUAUA